AAUCUUGCUUGAGUUUCAACUUGGUGUGUCUAUGUUCUUCUGAUUCUGAAUGCUAAGAGAAAGAGCUGAUCACAAUCACAAGGCAUAAGGUCUUUUGAGCGAGCUACGUAUGAUAUAAGAACUAGGAUUAAAGACAUUGUUAAAAUAUCUUGGUGAUGAUGGCUAACUCAGACUCAAAAAGUGCAAUUGGACAUGUUAAUGCUCCGAGGAAGCCUCGAAUUCUACUUGGUUGUUGUGGAAGUGUAGCUGCUAUGAAAUUUGGACUUGUUUUUAAUGCUUUUUCAGAAUGGGCAGAAGUAAGAGCAGUUGUUACAGAAACAUCUUUGCAAUUUCUUGUUCAUGAGAAAGCAGAAUCAUUGUUCACACACAGGCAUGACAUAUAUAAAGACGAUUCUGAGUGGAAAAAUUGGAAAAAGAUAGGUGAUUCUGUGCUUCACAUUGAACUUGCUAAUUGGGCUGACAUCAUGGUCAUUUCUCCCUUAUCAGCACAUACUCUUUCUAAGAUUUCUGGAGGGUUGUGUGACAAUCUGUUGACAAGCAUUGUGAGAGCAUGGGACUACGAGAAGCCGAUGUUUGUUGCACCAUCAAUGGAUGGUUGUAUGUGGAGAAACCCUUUCACAGAACAGAACUUCAUGAGCAUUGAAGAGCUUGGUGUUACUCUUAUCCCACCUGUUCAACACAUGCAAACUAAUAUGAGAGAAAUGGCUGAUCCUUCUACCAUUUCUUCGACCGUCAAAAGCUUUUAUGAUUCAAAGAUUUUGAAAGAUAAAUAA